AUGGUGAAUGAUAAAGAUCGCAAAGAGCGACCGAAAAAGUUGGAAGAUACUCAACUACAACAAUUAUUGGAUUUAGACGCAUAUCGAACCCUUGAUGAUAUGUCUAAAGAUUGGGAUGCUGACAGAUCAAGCGAAAAAGACCAAUAUGGCAAUGAAGUACAGCGCUUGGCACGUCCUCUGCCAGUCGAAUAUUUGCUGGUAGAUGUGCCCGCCUCAACACCACUGCAACCCCAAUUCACAUUCACACAAUACAAGAAACGCGGUGAACCAUUCCCCGUGGAGAAUCGUUACCUGGAUGGACAUUUGCAAGAUUUUAAUGCGCUAAGCACGUAUCUCUCCCACUGGACGGAUCAAGAGUUUCUCGAGGCCAUUUCAGAUUUUCACUUGUUGUUGUAUCUAUAUAGAAUGGACACGGUGCCGUUGCGUGCGCACAUGGGCCCACUGUUGGAGGCCGUACGCACCAAAAAUGCCGAUUUGGCAUACAGCUUUAAGGCUAGCGAGCCAUGGAAGCUACUGGAGUCGCUAAUACACGCAAGCACCGGUGGCGGCAGCGGCCCCUCUGCUGGUAAUAAGGCUGCUGCGUCCACCACAAGCUCUGCCGCAGGUGCUGCCGGCACGAACAAUCAAUGGCAGUGCAAUCACUGCACCUUCAUCAAUCCUGGCGAAUUGAGUUCGUGCGAGAUGUGUUCGCUUCCUAGAUAAAUACCUAUCGCCCUCGCUAAUUUCACCGUCAUCGCCACCUUUGCUGUUAGCGCAGUCGUCUUCAUUCAUGGACAAUAUCACUUGAUAGGUUUGUUCGUUGCUUGGUUGGUUGGUUGAUGGUAUUUACGUUCGGCUAUAGGCUGGCAUGAAAUAUAGCAAAAUUGCUAAUUGGCAGAAUUUCAUUGUUUCAUUUAAAAUAUAUUGGAAAAAAAAUUAUAUUAAAUUUGACAGCAUACAGAAAACACGCAGAAUAGACACAUUUUGUAAUAUUCUCAGAUUAUUUGUAAUUUAUGUCCUAAUAAAUUAAAACUGUUGCAAAGUAGCUGAAUGAUAAUAAUAACGGUAACACCAUCUACACAAACUGUCACACUCUAUAUACAUAUAAAUAUUAAUACAAUAAAGGUUUGGCGAACGCUGAUGAUAUGCCUACAGGUGUAUUUAUUUGUAGCGACUCAUUCAUGCAAACAUACAUACAUACACAUGGAUAAACUUUGGAGAUUAAAAUUGUAUACCUACACAGCAAAAUAAAGAAAUACAUAAAUGCAAAAGGAUGUAAUGUCAUCGUCGUCGGUAUAUCUAAUUAUUAUGUCAUACAUGUUUGUGCUAAAAAUAUAGAUUCAAUAAAUAAAUAAAUUAUUUAUCUAUUAA